AGAUCCAGGACACAGGGUGGAAACUUGUCAGAACUUAACAUUCAGCCAGCUGGCAAACUCUCCGGAAAUGGAUAAGUACGUGGCAUUCACGGUCAUCACCGUCUUCUGGCUGCUAUUCGCCAUCAUUGGCUUCCUGGUCUCCUACCGAUACGAGGAGCGUGGUCUCAUCCGGUCCUGUGUGAUCCUCACGGUGGUGUGCUGCUACUUGGCCUGGAUGGUCACCUUCGUGAUGCAGUUGAAUCCACUGAGCGGACCGAGAGCCAAGCAGAAGAUUAUUCUCGGCAUGAUAUGCUACUGGCCCAACUCUUUUAUCCACGAUCAGAGGGACCCGUAGAAACGCUGCAGAUUAUAUAUUUUUAUAAAGCAGGCCUAAGUGUUAUUAAUGUUCAUGCUUGGAGCACAUCCUUUGAACACUAUUUUCUUGAAAAUUAUUACUAAACUUUCUG